AUGGCCGCGUUAAUUUGGGUGAAAGUCAAAGGUGGCAAGACAACCCUCAAGUUGUCUACGGCAAGUCUAGAGGACGUCUGUGACCUCAUCAGGAUGGUCAAGAAUGAUAAGGAUCUGAAACCGCUGCUUGACAACGUGCCCCUCGUCCAACUCCAGCUCUACCAGUCGGAGACGACAGCCGAGGAGAGGAGUCGUUGCAAUUGUUUUGUUGUUUCCAAGUUCCGUGUAAAGGGAAUGUGCCCGGUGAUGUUGGGCAUGUUCCACUUGCCGCACAUGGCCGUGGAGAGCUGGAAGCCGAUUUCAGACAUCGACGGCGGCAGUGACGGUCGCCACCCGCUCUAUUUGGACUACCCGGACGUCCCGGUGACGACUUGGCUGAAAGACGGGUGCUUCACGAUGUGGGGCACCUGCUCCGGCGACAUGGCGGUAUUAUGCCGGUGCCUCGUGCUGUUCUUGUCGGUUGCGGUGUAUGUCGUGAUCACAGUCGAUUGCUACGAUGAUGGUGAUGUGCCGGCAUUCAGGGCACUGCUGGCAACAUUUGUCCUCACAGGAGCGGAUUUGCUCCCGAAGAUUUGUCAUGAGGAGCACGAAGACAUCAUCGAGUGGGGCUUUGCUUUCUUUCUCCUCGCGUUCGGUUUGCUAGCUCUACAUCAGCGGUUCUUCUCCGAAGAUGUCUGUAUGGGGAUCAUCACCGGGGCAGCCGCCAACUUGUACAAAAAAUUCGCGCUCCUUCUGAUUUGCACCGGUGAGUUUCGGCAAGCUAGUUCGCGCUCUUUGGAGCGGUUCUUCCCCACCCUGAUGCGGCCCGCAACGUCAAACGCAGCGAGUGCACCGCUUUUGCCAGGUCCAUCUCACACGGGUUGA